CCAUCACCCCAUCCCCCAAACCCUGGAAGUGCAGGACGGAACGAGCGAGCAAUGGCGUUGGUCUCCCUUGUCUAUUUCGCAGCCUUUCUGGCGCUUCUUCCGCCGGUGCUAGGGCGCAUUCCCGGCGCCUACACGGGUAGUCCGUGGCAGAGUGCCCAUGCCACCUUCUACGGCGGCAGCGACGCGUCCGGCACCAUGGGCGGGGCGUGUGGGUAUGGGAAUCUGUACAGCCAGGGGUACGGGGUGCAGACGGCAGCUCUGAGCACGGCGUUGUUUAACGAGGGGCAGAGCUGCGGGGCGUGCUUCGAGAUCAAGUGCGCGGACGACCUCCGUUGGUGUCACGGCGGGAGCCCCUCCAUCUUCAUCACCGCCACCAACUUCUGCCCGCCCAACUACGCUCUCCCCAACGACAACGGCGGGUGGUGCAACCCGCCCCGCCCCCACUUCGACCUCUCCAUGCCCAUGUUCCUCAAGAUCGCCGAAUACCGCGCCGGCAUCGUCCCCGUCUCCUACCGAAGGGUCCCGUGCAGGAAAUCCGGAGGGAUCCGGUUCACCAUCAACGGGUUCAACUACUUCAACCUGGUGCUGAUCACCAACGUGGCAGGCGCCGGUGACAUCAUCCGCGCCAGCGUCAAGGGCUCCCGCACCGGGUGGAUGCCCAUGUCCCGCAACUGGGGCCAGAACUGGCAGUCCAACGCCGUCCUCGUCGGCCAGUCCCUCUCCUUCCGCGUCACUGGCAGCGACCGCCGCACCUCCACCUCCUGGAACAUCGUCCCUUCCAACUGGCAGUUCGGCCAGACCUUCCAGGGCAAGAACUUCCGUGUCUGACCUCGGUGGCUGCAUGUGUUUGUUGUUACUUGGGAGAGCUAAAAGUAGCUGCUUGAUUGAUGCAGCUGAGGAGGUAAAAAGAGUGUGUUUGCGUGGGGAAUAGAAUCGGAUGAUAGUAUAUUAUCCUCCGGUUAGCAGCAGUAGCAACAGCUGAAGUGGCUGCAGAACAGAAGAGUGUGUUGUAGCCCGCAGCAGCCUAUAUUAUCUAAAUAGUCUGAUAGUAUAGUCCAUGAUGUUAUUAUCUAUAUGGUGUUUGUGAUGUAUGACAUCUUUUAAUCGAUGAUCACAGUGGGAUUUGGUAGAA